CAUCACCAGCGAAAAGAACAGCAAAAAGAGAAACUUUGAAUUGUCGCAACCAGCGCAUGGAAAUAUAUGCCGCAUAGUGACAAUGGCGCCUCCAAGACCGUCCAACCCUGUCGAAUACAAUGAAUUCAUGAAGAAGCUCGCGGCGUAUCAUGAGAAGAGAGGAACCUUGCUCGAUCCCACUCCAAAGGUCGCUGGCAAAUCGAUCGAUCUUCUCCAACUCUUCAACUACGUUGUCGCAGAAGGAGGGUACGACAAGAUCAGUGGUAUCAAGUUGGCAUGGAGAAAGGUUGCUGCAGACUGGGGAUUCCCAGCAAACAACAUCGCACCUCCCGCAUUCUCGCUGAAGUCGGUCUUCUACAAGAACCUUGCGGCGUACGAAAUAUCGACGAUCCAUGGCAAAGAACCGCCACCAAAAGAGAUACUCGAGGACGUAACUGCGAAAGGUACGGGCCUAAUGUCGCGGACCUUGGAGAACUACCGGCCUGCAGGUCGAGAGUCGGGCGCAUUGGGCAAUGAGAAUUCAGACAUAUCUGGCGACGAUGGCACACCCGCAAGAGAACGCAACGAAAGUGAAGAGGUACUGGGUUCUGGUGGUCGAGUUACUCGUGGUCUGCGACAAGCUCCCCCUCAGCGAAUUCUAUUCCAACCCGAGACUGGUUCAUCGCGAGUAACUAGGAACGUUUCUGCUACAUCCCACGCACCUUCUCCACAGCACAACAGUCACCAAUAUCAUCAACAGCAACAACCUCGAGGCGCAUCUACAACCAAUAACCCGUCGUCAAACAUGGAGAACAUGUCUCUGGCCGUUGCAAAUUAUGAACCUCGACCUCACCAUCCGUUAACUCUGCGUCCAAUCGUCACACCUGGAAAUAAUCCUGCAGAAUUUGCACGCCGUCAAAAGUUCCUGAAUGAUGCCGCAGCUGGAAAGCCAUUGCCUUCGAAGCAAAGUGGAAUUAUGCUCCCUGGUAAAUAUUUCGAUGGUCCAAACAUCUAUGUCCGCUGCUUGCAAGCCCUGCGCUCGGGCAUUUUUUCCGAGCAAAACUAUGCCUUACAUCAUUUGGUCAAGAUAUCGAUGGAACGAGGAGACAAGUACCGAUUCGAAGGUUUUCCUGGUUUGGCAGAAGCUCUUGUUGAGAAAGUCAUGGAGGUAGCCUCGUUAUUCUUCAAGGUUAAUUGGCAGGUGGCAUAUACCGAGGAAGAAAUGAUGAGUGGCCCAUACAUGCUCAACGGCAUUGAUGGCACUCCUGAUAUUUUGCUAAGAAUGGCAAAACACGCGAAGCUCUACGUUGACGACAAUAUCUACACUGCCGAAUUCGCCGACAAGAUGCUGCAAAUCAAUGAGGCUGCUCUCACAUUGAGGAACAUGGUCAUGCUCGAGGAUAAUGCUUUGUACGUUUCGGACCUUGCACCUCUUCGGGAUCUACUCAGCAUUGUUCUCAAUCUACCUGUGGUGGACAGCGUCGUUGAAUUGAAGCAUUAUGCUCUCGACAUCGCGGAACAGAUUACCAAAUACCUUCACUUCGACGAGACCGAUCCACUCUAUAUUUCCCUCCUCGCACAACUGCAAUCUGAUGACAGAGGUGCUAUCUUGACAUCACUUCGGGCAAUCAGCAGGAUUUCCAUGCAGCUCGAAGAGAAUAAUCUGUUGAAAGGUGUACCGGCUACCGCGAUUCAAAAUAUCAUCGACUGGACCCUGCUGAAUGAUGAGGAUCUUGCCCAUGCCUGCUUAGACUUCCUCUAUCAAUACACCGCUGUUGUCGACAACGUGGAUUUUCUCCUUGCGAAUGUUCAGGUAGAGCCUCUGGUUAACCAGCUGGUGCGCCUUUUGGCAUAUGGAGCUAGACACGCCGAGCGAGAAUAUGCUCUCACUCGAGAUGGCCGAGUCCCCGCACCACAACGAAUUGCGCCUCUUCCACGAGAUCUCUUACCUCAGCUAAUCAAGCUUGACGAACCGGAACGUAGCUCCCAAUGGCUUCGGUGCCUAUUCGAGGAAGAUCCUGAAGAGUCCAUUACGCAGAUUGCUCUCUGGCAAGCAUAUCAAGCCUGCUUCACACCAACUGUCUCGGAGACGGGACAUGCACUGCUUCCAGCAGCAGAUUUCAUCAAGAAUGUCAGUACCACAUUUGGUGAUAAGGCUGCCGCCCAAGUCCAACCAGGCGUGGUCCAAAAAUUUAUCAUCAAAGGCAUCAGAAUGCGCAGCGCUCCAGUCGGUCUCAAUGGUGAGGAAGCUUUGGGAUGUAAGUGGAAGAUUAAGGAAAACUCCCCCGAGCUUUGCCGAGAAUACUUUAUGUCUCCAGAGGAGGUACACAAACAUAUCCUCAAGGCUCACUUGGGUGGGGUUGAGAAGGAAAAUGGCCAGUGGGAAAAUAAAUUCGGCCGACAAUAUACUUGUCUCUGGACUGGUUGUACCAGAUUCAAGACCGCUCCGGCAACCACUCUACUUCAGAUGGCCAACCACAUCAAAGUCCACCUCCCUCCAAAGCCUGUUGGACGUAAGGGAGUCGAUGAUGGUCCGCCCCCAAUGAAGAAACUCAAGCCAUCAUACAUCGUAUCUGCACCAAGACAGGCAUUCUCUUACCAAGUCACAGCGACUGACGAUCGUCAAGAUGCUGCCGGAAUCCCGCUUAGCGCCGUCCUUGUCCUUCGCAAUCUGGCACGAAAUCUGUCCAAGACGGAGGCAGAAGAGGCUGCGUUGAAGAGUGAGGGUGGAGUUUCUUGGGUCGACCGCUUGUUCAAGCCAGUUGAGCAACGAUUAUUCGAGGUCAUGACACAUAACAAGAGCUUGACUCUGUAUAUGACCGAUUUGCUCAGCGCUAUUAAGGAUGCAUAGACGGGAUGAUAUGGCGUAUUUGGCUCUGGAAGGUUACUUACUCAAGCGUGAUUUGGGAAGGAAAAAUUUCGAGGCGCAAAUGGAGUUUUGAAUCGUGUAAGAAUAUGUCUAGAUACCCGAAGCGGGAAGCAAUGGUAAUACGAUG